AUGUCGGAACGUCCCUCUACUUCGGGAGGAACAGCCACCCCAGACCCUCCAGCAACUCAACUCGCCUCGCUCCCACCUCCAGUCGAUCCUUCACUAUGCUCCGAACGAAAGUCCAUUGCGACAACCACCUCGUCCAGCGGGCCCGAUCAAUCAGCGCCUGAAACCCCGACGCACCAAGAGAUAAAGCCAGACCCGGGACUUGCGCCUCCGCCAUUUUUUGGGAAACCCAAGGAAAUGACAUCUCCCCAAGAAACCGAACCUUCGACCGCCAGCUUGCGCUCUUUGCGCAGCAUUCCCAGCAUUGUCAUCAACGAACCCAAAGCUCGGCCUAGUUCUCGCCCUGGCUCAAGACCCGGUUCGCGACCUGGUUCACGAUGGUCGGAACGGAAAUGGCCUACCUUGAGAGGCAAGAGGUCAGGGGAAUUUAGUAGGGAAGAAUCCCCGCCACCUGUACCACGGAUAGAACCCCAAUUUAGCGGCAUCGCCCUAGACAUCCCAACCGGGGAGCUAGACGGACUUGGUGCGCAAACCAUGAGGUUUUCUAAGCGUGGAAGCCUCAUCCAGGAGGGAGAAAGACAACAGCUGGAACGCAAUCUCAGGGAGCAAGAAACGGGAACCGAAGCAAAAGGGGACCCUCAGGGGCCGAACACCAGUCAGAGGCCGAGCACUUCGCAGGAUCAGAGUACUCCACAGGUUCAAAACGGCUCCGCCGCGGAGAAUACUGUAACACCCCGUAGCCGUCCACGACCGGCGUCGUUGCUUCGCGUCAGACGCAGCAGUAUUCCCAGCAGAGCUAUCUCUGCGGAUGAGGAUAUGCUAUCUCGAAGAGUCAGGUUGAUGUAUGCGAAAGGAGACGAGAAUGUGUCAGAUUCGGAGGUCGCGAGAUCGCUUGCCAUGGAGAACGGUACUCUUUGGGAGGAACCAACUCCUACACAUACAGAAACCUUCGAAAGCAGUGCCUCUGAAGCCGACACGAAACCCGCUGAAACAUCCCCCGCCCGGGACGAUCCAUCAGCAGCCCCCAAACGGGAAGCUAAUGAGUUAGCAGGGGGUAUUGAAUACUGGCAGAAUAUCAAAGCCGGAGAUGUCGAUAGGUAUGGGUUCAUUCGCGCAUCAAACACCAACGAUGGCGCCGCCGAAUUCAGCCCUAUUCAGCGAGUUUCUACUAGUCUGUUGCUGGCCUCAGAAACGCCCAGACGAAAGCGCUCUAUCCGACCACCCUCUGCGUUAGCAAGCAACCGCUCAUUUACAGGCCGAUCUCCUUCACGACAGAACUCCGAAACAUCCAUCCGUCCAACUUCGUCGCAAAGCAUGUAUAGAUCACCCCUGCGCCGGUCAACCUCGCGAUUCCGUCAAGCAACAAAUCACCUACCCCACAACCGCAAUCGCCGCUUCAAAGACGAAGCUGGAGAUAUGCUCACACUCCCCGCGGAAUCUGCAACUUUUGACGACAGAUUGGAUAGUGCUGUUGCGCGUGCGGCAAGGAAAAAGGAGUGGGAACGGGAGGACAAGUGGACGAAGAUGGCCAAGCCAACACGAAAGGGUAAGGAUGGAGGCGGAAUGACCUUCGACUUCGACACCAAAAGCUCAAAGCUGGUCGAGCGAACAUGGAAGGGGAUACCUGACCGGUGGCGUUCCUCAGCGUGGUACUCGUUCUUAGAAACGAGUGCCAAGAAACACAGCGAUAGCCCUACGGAAGAGGCCCUCAUUGAGAUUUACCAAGAAUAUCAGGAGAUGUCAUCUCCUGACGACGUGCAAAUCGAUAUUGAUGUGCCGAGGACGAUCUCUAGCCAUAUCAUGUUCCGGCGACGGUAUCGCGGUGGUCAACGCCUACUUUUCCGCGUCUUGCAUGCGAUGUCCCUCUAUUUUCCGGAUACGGGGUACGUCCAGGGUAUGGCGGCACUGGCGGCUACAUUUCUUGCUUACUAUGAUGAAGAGCAUACAUUUGUCAUGCUUGUUCGACUGUGGCAAUUGCGGGGACUGGAAAAACUCUACCGCUCAGGGUUUGCGGGACUCAUGGAGGCUCUAGGGGACUUUGAACGAGAGUGGUUGGAGGGAGGAGAAGUUGCCUCGAAACUGACCGAAGUCGGCAUUCCACCUACAGCAUACGGCACUCGUUGGUAUCUUACUUUAUUCAAUUACUCCAUCCCAUUUCCGGCACAACUUCGAGUGUGGGAUGUCUUUAUGCUCCUUGGUGAUGCUGAUCACCCACCGUCGAGCGCAAACAAUGGCGACAAAACGGAGGACAUCGGCUUCGGCAAGAGUUUAGAUGUCCUCCAUGCCACAUCGGCCGCUCUCAUUGACGGCAUGCGAGAGAUCAUACUCGAGUCCGAUUUCGAGAAUUCGAUGAAAGUUUUAACUAGCUGGAUUCCAAUCAAAGACGUCGAACUGUUCAUGCGUGUCGCUAAGGCUGAGUGGAAAGUCCACCGCCGAAAAAAGUCCGGUUAG